GCACCGCGCCGCGCGCGCUCUCGCCGCUCAGGUCGCGCGGCCGCGGCAGGCUCUCGGACGCGUUGGGAUGUUUUCAUCAUGGCUGCGUGCAUUUCCAGUUACACUUUUAGUUCUGUGUGUUACCACAGUGCCAACAGUAACUCCGACCAUGAAGGCUUCCUGCUCGGGGAGGUAAAAGAAGAGGAAACAUUCAGCAUCAGUGACUCUCAGAUCAGCAGCACAGAAGUUAUCCGGGUCGUAGAAGUUCAAAAUCAUGAACCAUGUGCACAACUUUUUAGCUUUUAUGAUUACUCAGGCAACAUCAAUGAAGAUAAACUCAAUGGGAUUCUUAAAGAGAGAAGGAAAAAUGUCAUUGGCUGGUAUCGGUUCCGGAGGAACACGCAGCAGCAGAUGUCCCUCAGGGAACGGCUCAUCCAUCGGCAGCUGACCAAUAUCCUGGGCACAACAGACCUUGUCUUCCUGCUCUUCAGCUUCAUCUCCACGGGCAACAACUCCACACAUGCUCUGGAGUACGUGCUCUUCCAGCCCAGCCAGAGCAGGUACAACCAGAGGGUUUCACUGUGCAUUCCUAACCUUGGCAGCACCAGCCUACAGGAGUACAAGGUAUCCUCUGUACCCAACACCUCGUGGAAUUAUGCCAAGGUGAUUCAGGAGCAUGGGGCCGAGUUCUUUGACAAGGAUGGAGUCGUGAAGGACAUUAGGAACAUCUUCCAAGUCUACAGUGCACUACAGGAGCAGGUUCAAGCCAUCUGCGGAGAGGUGGAACGAAGUGAACGUGAGAAGGAGGAGAUCCAACAGGACGUGGAGAAGCUCAAGAAGCAAAUUGCUCUCAGGAAGCACAGGAAAACUGAGGAUCGCCAGAGUCCAGCUGUCAGGGAGAGCUCCAUGACCUCCUGCAGCACCCCUAGCGACCCAUGCUCAUGCACAGACCCUCCAGCCUCUGUGACAGCCUACGCAGAGGUUGGGGCACCACCCCUGGCCCAGUUCCAGAAGCCGUUGGACCAGCAAGCGACGUCUGGUACCACUGCCAGGCAGGCUGCGAGAUUGGAGGAGGAUGAGGAGCACACUGACGAAGAAUAUGAGGAGCUGGAGCUCGAGCGUUCGGAGGAGUCUGACAGAAAGGCUCCCCCUCGGGACCGGGACCAGGACCAGCCCAUUAUCCCGGGGCUAGACAGUGACUGUGGAGACUCACAGUCCUUCGUGAUCUAAUCACCAGGUUGAGGUGGCAGGGGACCGUGUCCUGGAGGGUAGUCGGCGGUACGGCAGCUGCGAAAACGACAAGGAUGCAGAGAUGCUCCAUCGAAGGGGCUGGCAUCCAAACCCCAAGCCAGUGGUGGUCACCUUCGCACCUUGUUCCCAUUAGUGAGAGGUCCCACCAGCCAGCCAGUGACACGUCUCCAUUGUCUUCGGUCACCUGAAAGCCUCAGGCCGUUCCUGCCGGAUCGGCCUGGGAAUCGAUAUCGCACCAGUACCUCUUUGCACUGCUUGGCCUUGUUGAUCUGUUUACCUUAAAAGGGAAGCGUGAUUCCCUGAGGUCAAUCCCUCACGAGCCAAAUCAGCGGCCAUCUGCUCGCUGCGUCUGCAACUUGAUUGUGCCGAACAGAGGCGAAACUUGUUUUAUUUUUGCUACCUUAUACGUUCCUCUCACACAAAACUGAUUAACUUUUUUUAAUAAGUGUGUACCUAUGUAGACCCUGAUAUGUAAAUUUCUUUACUCUAUUUUGUUAUUCACGUGAAAUGAUUAUAAUAGUGACUUAUCCUGAAGUACCACGGGCACAUUUUACUCACUUAAAACUUGCUGCCAUGCUUAAGCCUUGAGGAUUGUGGGACUGGAGAAAAAUGCUUGGGUAAUGUGGUGGCAGGAAACAGUCCGUUUGUUUUUAUGUAUCUGGUGAAAGCAAUCGUUUGUUGCUUGAGUAACUUUUUACUACUGAUUGUAUAUCAGGCCUGUGAAUGGGCCUUUUUCCUCUGGGUCCGCCCACUGGGUUGGGCCUAAUUGGGCUGAAGAGUUACUGACUGUAGAGCUACCCAAUCAAAGCAGCUAAGAAGAGUCCACCUUAAACAGAGCCAAACAAAAAAAACGCACGGAAUGUGAAUGACCUUAACUUUGGUGCCUUCCAUUUGUAGACCACCAGACCAUGCGAAAGAGAAGCCAGGACAUAACUCUGCAUAUUAGUAACAAAUAGUACCGUGAUGGCCUUCUGACUUAAAGCUGAGAGAUGGAUGUGUGUGUGUAUGCAGAACGAUGCAGUAAAGGAAAUCUUGAGUAGAGUUUUCAGAGCUGAAAUGAGCUUCUGGUUCUACAUGCAAAGAAACUGCUGUCUUUCCCAUGCACAUGGAAGAGUUGGCUGUAACUUUCUGUUAUGAACUCAGAAUGAGGUUCUAAAUGGCUAUGAUCUCGCAAACCUGCACACCUGUGAUCCGUGGCUUUGGAAAAUGACAUGCCUUAGUGCGUGGUGCUAUCUUGUUACAGGAAGCGCUGGUCUGGUCGUAUACAAAGAUAUUUAACUAGUUCUCCUGUGGGUGCAUCACGGUGCUGCCAAGCUGCGUUACUCACACAGUGCCACCUCUCAGCUCCUGUUGGCCGUCACCCUUUGGGGGCGGGGCACUUCUUCCCCUAAGCACAAUACUGCAAGACAGUACACCUGUCGGUUGACACUGAUCCUGCCUUAUCGCGGCUGUAGAAGAUAACUGCAUAAAUUGGUGGAUUUUAUUUUUUGUCUGAUAUUUUACUUUUCGUUUUGUUUAUUUGUAGGGGAAAAUAAAAGCAGACGAGGUUUUAUUUUUUGGCUAA